CCCAUUAUUUACGUCUCAAUCUUGUUUUGCUCCACGGCUAAAAUUAUUUCUAGUCUAGCCUGUUAUAAUUACGUUAUGUUGAAACAAAUCAUUCGGUGACUUGUUUACAUUUGCAUUUUAGAUUUUGUUUUUAUCAGUAAAAUUUUAUUCGCAAACAGCGUUCAUGUGUUAAUCCACAAUGUCUGCCAAUUCAGUUGGCCGCGAUACCAGGGCCGCAUGAUAGCCGCGGAGGUGUAGUUAACUGUGCGCGGCGCGGCGAGUGGUGGGGAGGGGGGGCAAGUGCACGUGCCGGCGGGGCAUGCCAUGCGUUCGACGCCCGCCGCCCUCCCUCACUUGUUGAGCGCACCGCUUCUAGGUCGCCCCACAUUACCCAUUCUAACUAGUUUGCCUUCCUUGCUUACGCUCACAUCUCACACUCCCUCUCUUUCUUGCGAAUAAUAACCUACCACUAAGGACCUAUCAUAAGUAUUGAUUCUUGUCAUAUUCGUAUAAUUUUACUUACGAACUUACAAACUGACUAAUUGCGCAAGCAUCUUUCUGCGUCAUACUUAGCACUUCAGAAGUGAGCAAAUGAAGCCAUUCAGAUUGUACGGGGUCGACUUUAUCCAUUGUGUCGUUGUUUGAAUUGUGGAAGGCAAAAAACUUUUUAUCCAGGCGUUAUCGGACAAAUAAAUUGUUCAGCAAUUUCGCAAACGUAUCCGCAAUAACGAUAUAUCCAGCUAGCUUAUGCAUUUGAAGAGACUUUAAACAAUUCUUAGUAAACAGUAAUACGGACAAUCUAUUGAAAUUAUUAAAAUGAAUGUUAGGACGAAAGUGUUAUGACCAUGGAGACUUUACAGUAGCGAGUUAGUAUAUGUGACGUCCUACUGUAGAAUGGGCAUUCUUAUGGAAUCAUCCGAAGUGAAUCUAUGCACUGCCAGAUACGCGAGCGGUACGGAAGUGUUCGGCGCAAUGGCCACUCCGAGUGACUACUACAGCGACACGAUCCACACCAUUGCCAUCAACACCAGGGAGACAGAAUUCGGCAAGAUCGUCGAGCCGAUCCCGAUAACCCUGAAAGCAUACCAGCAGUUCCAAGCACACGGACAUGCUAUACAUGGUUAUGGGUUUCCGCAGCAAAUGUUAACGGCUCUAACUGUUCCCCGAAUUCUUGAUGAUCAGAAACCUUCCACGUCAUCGCAAACUACCCCCUCCAAGAAGGAAACGAAGGAUCAUCAGACCGUGCGACCGCCACCGAAAAAGAAAUGGAUAAAGGAGUAUUUAGAGGAGGAGCCGAAGUCCCCGGUGUCGGUGCGCGUGGUGACAGGGUUGUCGGUGACGGCUCGUAGCAACGGCGUGGUGCGGCCGACGUCGCCGGUGCCGGUGACCCCCGCGCCCGCCGCCGCGCUCGUGUUCGAGCCGGCCCCCGCCCCCGCCCCCGCGCCGCCCGCGCCCCUCCUCGACUUCGUACAAGAACAUUCCAGGCCGCGUACAACGAGCACCAGUCAUGGGACCCCCCAGAUCCCCUCCCCCCCGUCAGUGGGCAGCAACGGCAGCAGCAGCGGCAGUGGCAGCGGCAGCGCCCCUCGCGCCGGCACGAGAGAAGUCCACAACAAGCUCGAGAAGAACAGACGAGCACACCUUAAGGAGUGCUUCGAGCUGCUUAAACGGCAGUUGCCUGCUACACCUGAUGACAAGAAGACGUCUAACUUGUCAAUAUUGGCGUCAGCGAUUAGAUAUAUUCAGGUCCUCCGCCGCAAAGAGCGCGAAUGCGAGCACGAGAUGGAGAGGCUGGCGCGCGAGAAGAUCGCCGCGCAGCAGCGCCUCGCGGCGUUGAAGCGGGAGGUGUCCGUGCGUGCCACGGUGCGACCGAAGAGCACGGAAAAUUUAGAAAUGGAAAGGGAUGACAGAGUCAAUGGACAAGUAGUGGGAAUCCCUAUAAGUAUUACCUCAUCCCCCCCAACCGUGGCGCGGAUCAAGACCUCGCCCCCCCGCACCCUGAACCUGAGCACGAAGCUCCGCACGCUUCCCAUACAGAUCACGCCCACCACCUCGCAGGUCGUCCGGACGUCGUACGGCGCGCGGCACAACACGCUCACCCUCACUACGUUGGCGCCCGCGGAGUCGGCACAGAACGGUCAGCUGGAGAACGGCGUCAGCAAUACCUUAAGCACCACACUGGUGCACCCCGCUCAAAUACACCUCCCUAUCUCGCAAGUGGUGGGGAGCGGCGGGCUGGUGGUGGGGGGCGCGGCGCUGCAGCUGCUGUCGGCGGGCGGCGGCCUGCGCGUGCUGCAGCCGCACCCGCAUCCGCAUCCGCACCCGCACCAGCACCACACCAACGGAGUGACAACAGGGGAUAGUAAUCAUAGAAUACAGAGAGAAAAUGGCAUUGUGUCACCUCCACCUGCGUCCUCAGAAGGCGUGGUGGUGAGCGGGCUGACGCCGCUCGUGGUGUCGCAGGCCGGCCAUCUGCUGCAGACACACACACUCACGCACAAGAUGGUAGAAACCCAAGUGGUAAGCGGCAACGGCGGUCCUUUAACAGUGAGCGCGUCGUACCUCAGCGCCGCCGCCAUCGUCAAGCCCCUCGUGGUCCUCCCCCCCUCCACAACCUCCCCGCCCAACACGUGAGGGGACCCCGCGGAGACUUGGGACCUGCACUUCGAGACCCCCUACAGUUUGAGCGUCGGUGUUUAGUGGAAAAUGCAUAGACUAGGAAUCCUCUAGACGGAGCUUAGAGCAAUUAUUUCAUGAAACCGAUGCUGCCAAAAAUACAGGGGUGCGGGGGACGAGGUGAGCGCGUCCCGUGCCGUGAUUGGUCCGUUCAACACGGGCGUCACACAGACACUUGACUCGAAAAUGGAGUAAAACUACCGUAUAUUUGUGGCAGAGGGGGUAGCGCUACUAUGCUCAGUCUGGAGGAUGUCUUGUUUGUGGUAAAAUGGCACCCAGGUGCGUCGAGCCAUAGAGUUGACUGGACGCCGACGCUUUAGACGCUAGUGUGGGGGGUUAGUUCGAUGCGACGUUAGUCAAACACUGCCAUUGUACGAGCAAUAAUAGCCCAAGUCUCUCGAGCGCAGCUACCUCAAUUACGCGCUUUCGUUGCUUCCACAACCAUUCCUUGGCGAGGUGAGGUUAUGUUUUAUUCUGACUGUCGAUGUGUAU